AUCACACAAGAAAAAACUUUCAUUCUCAUUUCACACUCUCUCUUUCAUUUCUUCUACACAUUUCUUAGGGUUUGCUUCUCUCACACUCACAAUAUGUACAAAAAAUCAGAACAGGCUCGUGAAUCAGAUUUGGAGUACUACAAGCGUAGAUAUUUUAAAGACCUGAAGGAUGAUUACUACAAGGACAAGCUCAAAAUCUCUGAUUCCACGUAUCGCUGUCCAUUUUGCGACAACAAGGACUACUACUCUUUGAGUGAGCUAUUGAGACAUGCAUCCAGAAUUGUGGGUGACUCAGGUGAGGCAGUUAAAGAUGUUGCUAAGCAUUCAGCUCUUGAAAUGUAUAUUGAAAGCUAUGGUGAUGUUAUAGUUGGAAAAGAUAACUUAACUGCUAUUAUUAGUAUUGAUAAUGAUAAGACCGCUGUUGGCAGUGUUAGUGAUAAGUCGGUUAAUUUGAGUAUCGCUAAUGAGAAGUCACUUAUUAUGAAUGAUGCUGAGGGUCAUUUGGGUAAUGUGAAUGUUGAGGAUGAUGAGUUGUUUGUUUGGCCAUGGAUGGUGAUUUUGAAAAAUAUUGUUACUCAUAUUGACCCAAAAAGCGGAAAGUAUGUUGGGAAGAAUCAUAAAAAAAUUAAGGAAGAGCUGAUCAUGAACGGCUUUCACCCAUUGAAAGUUACUGCCCUGUGGAACUUUAGAGGACAAACAGCCUUUGCAGUUGUUCAAUUUGGAAGAGAGUGGGAUGGUUUCCACAAUGCUAUGAAGUUAGAGAGGAGCUUUCAAGCAGAGCACUGUGGUAAGAGGGAUUACUUGGCUUUACGGGAGCAGGAGCGGGGAGAUAGACUCUUUGGGUGGAUGGCACGUCGUGAUGACUAUAAUUUCAAUGAUAUAGUUGGCAAACACCUCCGGGAAAAAGGGGAUUUGAAAACUGUUUCUGGGAAAGAAGCUGAGGACAAUAGGAAAGCGAGGAAGCUUCUCUCUGGUUUGGCCAAUACCUUAAAGCUGAAAACCGAGGAAUUGGAGCAGACAGCAAGCAAGUAUGAUGAGGUGAAUGUGUCCCUAAGGAAAGCGAUGGAUCAAAAGGAAAAGAUGCUUGAACAUUUCAAUAAGGAGAUCAGCAAGAUGCGGCAGGUUGAACGAGAGUACCAGGAGAAAGUAUCUAAGGAUCAUGAAAAAGCCAGGCUGGAACUGGAAGCUCGGAGGAACGAGCUUAUUUCCCGUGAGAAGGAUCUGCAGAAGCGUGAAGUAGAUAAUCACAAUGAGAAAGCCAAGCUAUAUUUUGAGAAGCAACAUAAUGAGAUGGCAAUAGAGGAGCAACAAAAGGCUGAUGAAAAAAUGAUGUACUUGGCAGAAGAACAUAAGGCACACUUUUCAUUUUCCUAUUACCUACAGUUUUUAAUUCAGUUGCAUGUAUAUACUUAAGUUUUAAGGACUCUUUUGGUUGGAUGUUGCAGAAAGAAAAAGAGAAACUUCACAAGAAAAUUCAUGACCUGGAGAGAGGACUUGAUGCUAAACAGGCAUUGGAAUUGGAGAUAGAACGGCUAAAAGGAGCUUUCCAGGUAAUGAAUCACAUUGGAGAGACUGAUAUAGAUGAGAAGAAAAAAUUGGAAGCAAUCAGAAUGGAGCUGCAGGAAAAGGAAGAGGAAUUAGAGGGUGUGGAAGAUCUUCAACAAACACUAGUAGUUCAGGAGCGCAAAACUAAUGACGAAUUGCAAGAUGCCCGCAAAAAGUUAAUAGCUUGGAUUGGCUGCCCAAAGACCAGUGCUCGAGUCAUAAUUUCUGUGAAAAGGAUGGGCGAACUUGAUAUUAAGCCAUUUCAGGAAGCAGCUAAGAGAAAAAUUUCUGAUGAAAUGAAUGAGAAAGCAGUAACUAAGAGAGAAUUUUCAGAGAAGGUGCAAAUGAAAGCAAUCGAGUGGUGCUCAAAGUGGGAUGACUGUGUUAAGGAUCCUAGCUGGCAUCCGUUCAAAGUUGUAACUGACAGAGAAGGGAACUCCAAGGAAAUUUUAGAUGGAGAAGAUAAAAAGCUGAAAAGUUUGAAGGAUGAGUUUGGGGAUGAGGUGCAUGAUGCAGUAGCUACAGCUCUGAAGGAGUUAAAUGAGUACAACCCUAGUGGUAGAUACCCAAUACCAGAACUCUGGAAUUUUAGGGAAGGAAGGAAGGCUUCCUUGAAGGAAGGUGUUUCCCAUUUAAUUAAGCAAUGGAGAUUAAAUAAGGGAAAGAAAGCUUAUUGAGGCUUCAUUUGGGCGGUAAGAGCUUAGAAUUAGACUUAUAUAUAUGCAGGAUACUUAGUUGAAAUUCUAGCUCUAACAGACUUUAGUACAUUAUGCCAAUGGUUAGUGCCUUGUGAUACUUCGUAUGGUUGUUAUAUAUAGUUACUUAUCAUGUAGGAGUACUCUUUUAGCAGAUAAUGUGUAUGACUUUUGUGUUAAAACUUUGAAAGGAGUUGAAGUUUUUUGGAAAUUGUUGAUUAUUGAAAUUUAUGUUGAAAAUUAAUCACGACGAGUAGGUGGUA